UGAUAGUUUCCAUAUGUGGUCUGUUUUGUUGUGUUUGGAACAAUCAGAGAUCAUCAGUAGCUGACUCCAUGUCUAAACUGGACACGAGCGGCGCGGCACAACUAAUAACAGUCUUGCUCAGUUUUGCCACAUCUUCUGCGAAGGGAAGUCACCAUCAUGACAGAGGGACACACAACGCAAGUUUCAAUGAACAGAUGGAAAGCAUCAGCAAGAAUCAUCUGCACUGGUGUGGAAAUGUGUCUUACAAGAUUUCAGGAAGUUCCUGCUGUAAUGGUAAUAUAAAUCUGGGAUUAAGCCAGCUGGUGGCUGACUGCUGUGGUUCUGUAGCUUACAAUCCACUUAAUGAGAUUUGCUGUAAUGGCAAUAUUCUGACUCGAAGCAGCACUUAUGAAAAAUGCUGUGGCAAAGACCUGUACCUGACAACGACUCAUAUGUGUUGUGGUAGCAACAAGAUAUUUCAACAGAAGGAAAAUCUUUCUUGUUGUGGCACUAAAACAUUUGACAAGACAACCCACUGCUGCUGUGCUGACCCUGCACUAGUAGUUAAGCCUAAACAUGAAACUUGCUGUCAGAAAGCAACAGGUGUGUAUGUAUACAGCUCUUACAGUGAUUGUUAG